ACUCACCUUUGUAUAUACCGGACUCUUUUUUUUUUUUUUUUGUACAUACAUUUCUUUUUACAUUUUCUUGUCUUGCGCUGCUUGGACAAUGCCAGGAUUUGACUUCCACAGGACCACACUUGGACGGUUUAUGAACAGACGGGCCUCUGCUAACUGCCGCUACCAGCCCACCUGCUAUGAGCAUGCUGCAAACUGCUACACUCAUGCACUCCUCAUUGUGCCGGCGGUCGUGGGCAUGGCGUUACUGCACCGUCUGUCGGACAACCGCUGGGAGAGGAUCACAGCCUGGGUGUACGGCAUGGGCCUCUGCGCCCUUUUCCUGGUCUCCACUGUGUUUCAUAUCAUCACCUGGAAGAAGAGCCACAUGAGGUCUGUGGAACAGUGUUUCCACAUGUGCGACAGAGUGGUCAUCUAUUUCUUCAUUGCUGCCUCCUACACACCUUGGUUAAACCUGCGUGAACUGGGCCCUCUAGCAGCACACAUGCGCUGGUUUGUAUGGCUCAUGGCUGCUGCUGGAACCAUCUACGUCUUCAACUAUCAUGAAAAGUAUAAACUUGUCGAGCUGGCCUUCUAUUUGACGAUGGGAUUUUUCCCAGCAUCAGUCGUGACGUCAAUGAGCAACACUGAGGGGCUUCAGGAGCUGGCCUGCGGAGGACUCAUCUACUGCCUCGGCGUGUUCUUCUUCAAGAGCGACGGCGUCAUCCCCUUCGCCCACGCCAUCUGGCACGUGUUCGUGGCGCUGGCUGCAGCCGUGCACUACUACGCCAUCUGGAAAUACCUCUACAAGGCUCCCAGCGCCGACACCCUCCUCGACUCGUGACCACAGCGGGUGGCCCCCGUUCUCCUCCCCCGAGCAAAGGCGCUUUGCACACCGACUCCCUCAACUGCCCGCUGAAGCUGCAGCGACAGCCGAAAAGUUUACGAAAAAAUAUUGACCAUGAAUUGUUUACUGUUUUCUAAUAUGGAGGAGAACAGGUUUUUCAGCGUCUCCAUGAUGAACAAAAGCUACUUUAAAAGCUGUUUUGUACAACUUCAGUCUAAAAAAAACAAAACAAAAAAAAAAACUUGACAGUGAGGGAGGGAUUUUUGAACUUUUUACUCUUGGUGUUAAACUGGGCACAUUCAUGAGCAUUUGAGAAAUUUGAUAGCAGUCUUUUGUAUCACUUGAAGCAAGUCACAUUCCAUAUUUGGGGUCAUAUUGUGUAUCAAAACCUGGAGACUCAAACAUUUCAGCUGGUGAUUUGAACACUGAGGAUACGAGGUGCUAAAAAUCAGCUCUUUCCAUAUCAUGCUUGAGUUGCAGUACCAAUACCAAAAUUGUACUUUUUUUCCAUGCUUUUGAGAAAUAUAACUGUUUCGCUACAAAACCUUUUCUUUUCAUUUAACAAAAGAAGCCAAAGGUCUCGUGUUUUUAAACAUGCAGCUCUGCCAAUGUAAAAUGGUUUCAAACUGGCAAAAUUUGUUUUAAAUCAGGAAUCAACUGGUGUCUGAUGAGACGUUCAAUGCCAACUUUCUGUACCAAAAACUGUUCGUUUCGAUACCCAACCUUAAUCAGUAGUUGUUUCUUUGUCACGAAGAAAAGGUUUUUUUUUUUUCUUUUUCUUUUUUUUUUUUUAAACAAAGAUGACAUUUUCAACCCAUCUGAUCCAUGUUCACACUCUCCUGACUUGUAUCCAAACACAGUCCUCAGUUUUCAAAGAACCACGCUUGAUUCUGGUGGUGUCUGGCGCCCCCUGCUGGUGGGGACCGGAGUUAAGGAGGUGAUUCAUGACAUUACAGGAAGUGCGGAGGCGACACGGGUGAUAGAUGUGGAUUUUGUUAAUGAGCCAAAUGAGAGAAACUCAGUUCAGGCAGUGUGAUGUUGAAACAGAACUGUAUUUGUAAUGUGAACAGCGUGCAGUAGAGUGCGUGUGUGUGUGUGUAUGUGUGUGUAUGCACGACCUUUAUACUGUAGUCCAGUAUUACAUUUCCACUGAUUCUCUCUGUUUUUGAUUUGCACCACUAGGACGAACAGUGUUUCCUGUCUGUAUUCUGACGUGGGUUUGAUCGGUGGAGAAACCUCAUGUUCUUGCUUUUGAUUUAUGGUUUUGUAAAUUUGCUCAAUGGCUCCUGACUCAUGAAAUUACCUGUCUGUCGCUCUUCCUCUUAGUGAUGUAUGGAGCUGAAUGAUUGCAUAUUUCUUAUGUGGCUCUUGUUGAAAUGAUUUCCUUAACCACUCUGUUUUGUAAUGUUUGUAUAUUCUGUUGUUUGUUCUUUUGAUUACAUGAAUCCUGGCCUUUGCAGGGAAAAAAACUGCUUCCUGUCUAUUCCAUUGGCUGUUAAUGGUGCUGCAUAAACAUGAAUGCUCCUCCACUAUACUGAAUAUCACCUUUAUAAUGUGACAAUAAAAAAUAAUAAUGCCCCACA